UCGGACAGAUAUUUCUUUUUCCUGUCGCAAGCAGCAUGAAGAAAGAGCAGGUUGUAAACUGUCAGUUUUCUGUCUGGUAUCCGACGUUUAAAAAACACACAAUAAAAAGUUUAAUUCUUCCACUGCCGCAGAAUGUAAUAGAUUAUUUGCUGGAUGAUGGAACGCUUGUAGUUUCUGGGAGAGAAGAGCCACCAAGUCACUCUCAGAAUAACGACAGUGGAGAGGAAGAAGAAAUACAGUGGUCAGAUGAUGAAACUACAGCAACUGCUACAGCCCCUGAAUUUCCAGAGUUCACAUCAAAAGUACAAGAGGCAAUCAACACUUUGGAUGGGAGUGUCUUUCCUAAACUGAACUGGAGUUCUCCAAGGGAUGCAAACUGGAUUGCUAUGAACAGUUCAUUGCAGUGCCAGAGCCUGAGUGACAUUUUCCUCCUCUUUAAGAGUUCAGACUUCAUUGCACAUGACUUAACUCAACCAUUUAUUCAUUGUAAUGAUGACUCCCCAGAUCCAAAGAUAAACUAUGAGCUUGUUCUUAGAAAAUGGUGCGAGUUAAUCCCUGGUGGAGAGUUCAGGUGCUUUGUCAAGGAAAACAAACUUAUAGGUAUCUCACAGAGGGACUACACACAAUACUAUGAUCACAUUUCCAAACAGGAAGACGAUACCUGUAGAUCGAUUCAGGAUUUCUUCCAGGAGAACAUACAGUAUAAGUUCCUAGAUGAAGACUUUGUGUUUGACGUCUACAGAGACAGUAGGGGUCGGGUGUGGCUUAUAGAUUUUAACCCCUUUGGUGAAGUGACAGAUUCACUUUUGUUUACUUGGGAGGAGUUGACUUCAGGAACCAAUCUUCGAGAUGAAAACUGUGGAGGAGAGACCACAGAGCAGGACUCUCCAGCAUUUCGCUAUACCACCAGCGAUGUGACAGUCCAGCCGAGUCCCUGUUUGAGUUAUCGGAUACCCAGGGACUUUGUGGACCUCUCCACGGGAGAGGAUACAUACAAGCUCAUUGACUUUCUCAAGCUGAAAAAAAAUCAACAAGAUGAUGAAUCUGAUGAAGAUAUGUAGGGAAAAUUGUUUCUCAAAGCAGGAUGGGCCAGUGAGGGGGUGGGAUUCUGCCAAAAUCGAGAAUGACUAAAAAGUUUAUUGCUUUUUAUUUUAGAAAAAAAUUAAAUGGCAAGGUGUACUGUAAACAUGUAGAAAUGUAUCUUUUUGAAACUGUAAAGAAAAUAAUAAAAAAAAAAAUGAUGAAUGCAUGAUGAUUUUUUUAUUGCAUACACCAUGCAAAUAUAUAUAUAUAUAUAUAUAUAUAUAUAUAUAUAUAUAUAUAUAUAUAUAUAUAUAUAUAUAUGUGUGUGAAACAAUUUUACAAAUAAAGAAAGUGAGAAAAGAAAAGCAAGGGAAAGCACAGGGGGGUUUUCAAUCAGUAGAUGUGCUUGAUUUUGUUUUAGUUUAUUUAUUGAUCAGUCUGAACAUUAACUUAAUAACUUGGUUUAUUAUUUAAUGUAUGUUUUAAAAAAUCGUUUCUUAUUAAAGUACAGAAUAAAUUAGGUCUACAUUUUAUUUGUCAUUUGCUUGAAAACAAUUGUAGCAAAGAAAAUUAGUGAUUUGUUUUAUAUACCUUUUGAAAGAAAAGGUAUUUGCAAAUCGGGUAACUUAAUAUAAAAUGGUCACGGAUACAUUUAGAUGUACAGAUUAUUAAACAUUCAUCUUUCACAGUGUUGGCUUGAACUUAAAAAAAACUGCUGAAACAAAACUAUUAAGUGUAAAACUACACAUUAAUGAAAAAUAUAUGCAUAGUACAAUUAUUGUAUAUAGACCUGCACUUUAUUUUUUUUGGUUAUAAAGACUUAACAGAGUGUGUUUUGGGACAAGCUAAUUGUCUUUAUUUGUAAAUUGAAACAAUAUAUGUAGCAUGUUUGUAAUAUCGCUUUAUCAGCCUCAGGUAUUCAUACAGUGUUGUGUACCACAAUAUGGACUUUUGAUUGGAAAAGAUUUGUUAUAUCAUGCUUAAAUAUACUUAACCUGCUAAAUAAAAGCAAAUACCUCUA